AUGGCACUCAACAUCUUAUCUCGUUCCUCAAACUCGCCGAUCUCAACUGGAAAGCGUAGUAUUGCCAUUGCAGAGAUCGUUAUAUAUUCCAUUAUACACAUUGCCCAAUUCAGCACAAGAUUCAUGCAAGAGCGACGGUACUGGCAUCACAACAAAAAUAAGAGCAUUGGACGUUGUGUUCUCUACUCUUGGUGGAGCAUGGUUGGACUCUUGUCACAGGUCCGCAUAGCUGGCUCAUCCCUCGUCCUAUCCACCUCACGCCCAGACAAACCAAUGCUCGUCGCCGAAUCCGUCUUGCAAAGCGUAGGCCUCUCGCCUCUUUUGUUCGAAGUGAGUUUGAUCAUGCUGCGAUGUGGACAAUCCGGAGAAUCUGGCCCCGGCAACUCAAAAUGGUCCAAAUGGACACGAUUCGCCCUGCAUUUCUUCCGUUUCCCGAUUUUCAUCGCUAUCGUCCUGGCAGUUGUGGGCGCUUGUAUCAACAUGCAUGCACUAGGAGAAGCCGGCUCGGUUGUUCUUGUCGUCACAUUCGCUUAUGUGUGCUGUCUUGUCGCUUGGCUUGCAUUUAAAUCGCGGACAAUUCUUCCUGAGUCUGGGCACCGUGCUGCACUUGUGACGGUGUUCACUCUUCCCUUCCUCUUAGUGCGGAUUGUCUACUUCCUUUUGUUGGAAUAUGGUCCUCCCAGGUUCAACCCGGCGACUGGUGAUAUUGGAAUUUUGGUUGGCAUGGGGCUUUUGAUGGAAAUUAUUGUUGUCAUUUUGCUUUUGGCAGCUCGUGGUGUGGUAGAGCCUGUUAUGCCGGCUUUUAUCGCUAAGCAUAUCGUUUAUGACGACUUGGAAUCGCCAAGCAAUUGA